UCAGCCACGAACGGAUGCUCCCACAAUCUGUUAUCCAUCCUCCACAUUUCUUCAGAAUAUUCUGCGUCGAAACCCUAACGAUUCUCUCUUCUCUCCCUCCCUCCAAUCCCACCUCGCCACGUCAUUCUCCCACGCGACUCCCAGUCCCCAGUCCCAGUCCCAUCAUCGUCUCUCCUCUGUACACGCUUCCGGAAAAUUUCAGAAAAACCCCAAUCCAAUUUCUCUUUACCGCUGAUUCUCCAUUCCCCUGCCCUUCUUCUCCAUUCAUGCAUCCUCUGACCAGUCUUUGAUUGGUUCCCAAGCUUGCCGGCAAUGGUGGGUGAUGCUCUUGUUCCCUCCUCUUCCAGCGCCUUCUCAUUUAUUUCCAAGGGCUGGAGAGAGGUUCGGGAUUCGGCGGAUGCAGAUCUUCGCUUGAUUAAGGACCGCGCCAACUCUUUCAAGAAUUUGGCGACCUCCUUCGACCGGGAAAUCGAGAACUUCUUCAACUCGGCCACCAGUUUCUCCGUUCCCGCUAUUGGGUCGGCCUCCUCUCCCCCUGCUGAGAUUGAGUUUGUGAAGAAAUUGCAGCCCAAGAUAUCCGAGAUUCGUCGGGUGUACUCAGCGCCAGACUUUAGCAAGACUGUUCUCGAAAAAUGGAAACCCAGGUCCAGGAUUCGGAUUGAUUUGUCUGCUAUUAAGAACGCAAUUGUGUCCGAGGUGGAAGACGGGGAUAGGGUCAUUGAUGGUCAUGGGGUGAGGAAAUGGAAUAGAGUGAGGUUUAGGGAGUUUUGGGGAGAGUCGAGAGGAGAGAAUGAGGGUGAGGAGGGGCAUGCUAAUACGGAUUGGGAGCCAAUUCAAGCUUUGAAAACGAGAUUGAGGGAGUUCGAGAAGCGGAGUUCGUCCGCUGAGAUGUUUGAAGGCUUUAAGAACGGAGACUUUGUAGAGAAAGUGAAGUCGAGCUUGAGAUCAAUUUGCAAGGACCCUGAAGACUCGAAGGAGGUACUGCCACUGGAUGUACCGGAGCUUUUAGCAUGUUUGGUUAGGCAAUCUGGAUCUUUCCUUGAUCAAAUUGGCAUCAGAACAGAUGUUUGUGAUAAGAUAGUAGAGAGCUUGUGUAACAAACGCAAGAAUCAGUUUCUAUUGCGCACCUCUAGAGGAGAAACCUCUGUCAUAGAAAAUGAUAACGUAAAUGAUGAAUUGGAUUCAAGGGUAGCCAGUGUCCUCCAAAGUACAGGUCAUUGCUAUGAUGGUGGAUUUUGGACAGAUCAUUCAAAGCAUGUACCAUCAGAUGGUAAAAGGCAUGUUGCAAUCGUCACGACAGCUAGCCUUCCAUGGAUGACAGGGACAGCUGUAAAUCCCUUGUUUAGAGCUGCAUAUCUAGCACAAUCUGCUAAACAGAACGUGACAUUAUUAGUUCCUUGGCUUUCCAUGUCAGAUCAGGAGUUAGUUUAUCCUAACCAUCUCACCUUCAGUUCUCCAGACGAGCAAGAGAGCUACAUUCGUAAAUGGCUCGAGGAAAGAAUUGGCUUUAGACCUGAUUUCAAAAUUUCAUUCUAUCCAGGAAAGUUCUCAAAAGAAAGGCGUAGUAUCAUACCUGCUGGAGAUACCUCACAGUUUGUUCCUUCCAAAGAUGCUGACAUAGCAAUCUUGGAAGAACCAGAACACCUGAAUUGGUACCAUCAUGGCAAGCGUUGGACUGAUAAAUUUAACCAUGUUGUUGGUGUCGUCCAUACAAAUUACCUGGAAUACAUCAAGCGGGAGAAGAAUGGUGCUCUCCAAGCGUUCCUUGUGAAACACAUAAACAAUUGGGUCAUCCGAGCAUACUGUCACAAGGUUCUUCGACUUUCUGCUGCCACACAAGAUCUUCCCAAGUCUGUUAUUUGCAAUGUCCAUGGUGUAAAUCCAAAGUUCUUAAAAAUUGGAGAAAAAGUUGAUGAAGAUAGGAAACUUGGGAAUAUAGCUUUUUCAAAAGGUGCUUAUUUCUUAGGCAAAAUGGUUUGGGCAAAAGGAUACAGAGAGUUGAUAGAUUUACUGGCAAAGCACAAGCAUGACCUUGGCGGGUUCAAGUUGGACGUGUUUGGAAAUGGAGAGGAUGCCCAUGAGGUUCAGAGUACGGCUAAAAAGUUAGAGUUGAAUGUAAACUUUUUGAGAGGCAGGGACCAUGCAGAUGAUUCACUUCAUGGGUACAAAGUCUUUAUAAACCCCAGCGUUAGUGACGUGCUCUGUACGGCCACGGCCGAGGCUCUUGCCAUGGGAAAAUUUGUAGUAUGUGCAGAUCAUCCAUCCAAUGACUUCUUCAGGUCUUUUCCCAACUGUUUGACUUACAAGUCAUCCGAAGAUUUUGUUGCCAAAGUGAAAGAGGCAUUGGAAAACGAACCACACCCUCUUACUCCCGAGGAAAGAUACAAUCUCUCAUGGGAGGCUGCCACCCAGAGAUUCCUGGAGUAUUCUGAUCUUAACAAAGUCUUGAACAGCGAUAAAGAAUUAGAAUCAAACAACACCGAUGCGAGGGCAAUCAGGAAGUCAAUCUCAACACCUAGCCUGACCGAAGUCGUUGAUGGCGGUCUCGCAUUUGCCCAUUAUUGUCUCACCGGUAACGAAUUCCUCAGACUUUGUACCGGAGCAAUCCCUGGGACACGGGACUAUGACAGACAGCACUGUAAGGACCUACAUCUCCUACCUCCUCAGGUCGAAAAUCCUAUCUAUACAUGGUAAGAAGAUGGUAAGACUAACAAACUUUGUCUGCCAAACUAUGUCUGUAAUGUAGAAAAAGUGUGUAGAAAACAUGUUUUUGUUCCUUGGACGCAUAAAUUACCAAUCCAUAGCAAGUUUAGAUAGGUAGAUGCAAAUCCAAGGAUUAUCACUAUUUUCCCCCAUAUAUUUUAUGGCCUGUAGAAUAGAAGGAAGAAUGUGUCACGGAUCUGGUAUUAUGCUGUUGGGUAGUGGACAUUAUCACGGUUCAUGCCCAGUUCUGUGACCUUGAUUAGGAAGGGUAUUAGCAUACUAAUGAUCAAGUAGUGUUGACUAAGUUAAAUAGUGUAUUAGUGUGGUUCUGUUCCAACAUACAGCUCCAUUAUGAAACUAUAUAUGAAAGAAAACUUUGUACAUACAUUACAAAAUAUAUAUUGUUUUGUUGCUUGAA